AUGUUCAACACCAGCACGCCUGGAGGACUGGCAACCGCCUCGAGGGAAUCUGUGGAUUGCCGCUCGCUUGCCAUGGGGCAGUGGGGCGACUACAGGGGUUUCUUUUUACCAACCCUAGUGCGCCAUUCUGUCAAUCGCCGUGGAAACAACAUGAACCAGGCCCACUAUGAUUGCCUUCAACUCCUUUCUGAGCACAAAAGCUGGGAAUACGUUUUACUGCUUCAGAAUUACGACAUGAUGAUCAAGACAGUGUACGAAACUGUGUCGAUACUAAAGGAGUUUGGUGGAGCUAAUGACAUUUGUGCAAGGCCAUGCGAAAGGGAAAGAUGGAAUCACUCAGCGAAAUGGGAUGUGCGCUCAUUGAAGUUGUUUCGCAAUGAAUCUCAGGCAACUGAUGCUCAACGAACAACCAAUCUGACCAUAGUUCGAGGAUUUGUACAGUGCUCCCUAAGCAGAGCGGCUGUUGACUGGGCUGUUAAGAUCGUUGACUUAACACCACUUAUCAAUCAGCUCAACAUAAAUGAGUAUGCUAUAGAUGAGACGCUUUGGUCUGUUUUGCAGAUGAACGACGACCUGCAAAUGCCAGGAAGUUUCACAGCAAAAUGCCUCAACAAUGAAACUUAUGUGCCAUGUAUUACGAGGUCUGCAUGGAUGGGUUUCUUCAAAAUAGGAUUAUGUCAAUGUAAACUCACAUAA